UUGGAGGACAACGUUCCUUCCGGCGUUCCGUGCCUGUGUUAAUGCUGGUUCCUAUAGCAUUAUGUGCAGUUACACUAGCAUAAACGGAGUUCCGUCUUGUGCUAACAAGGAACUUUUAACCACUAUAUUACGAGAGGAGUGGGGGUUUACUGGAUAUGUCGUCAGUGAUGCUGGGGCUGUAGAAUAUGUCAGACACUACCAUAACUAUACUAGCAAUAAUGUCGACACUGUUGCUGCUUGCGUUAAUGCUGGUUGUAAUCUAGACCUUCCGGCUGGAAACUGGUCUAACUUCACUAAUGCUUUCUAUUCCAUGGUCGAUGCAGUCAAACAAGGUAAAUUGUCACAAGAGACAAUUUCUGAAAGAAUGAAGCCUUUAUGGUACACACGUAUGAGACUGGGUGAAUUCGACCCCCCAGAAAUGAAUCCAUAUCGUAGUUUGGAUCUCUCUAUAAUACAAAGCCAAGAGCACCAAGAUCUGUCAGAAGAAGCAGCUAUGAAAUCAUUUGUUCUAUUGAAGAAUCUUAAUAACACUCUACCCUUACGUCAAGCACCAUACAACUGGAUAGCUAUAGUUGGUCCAAUGAUCAAUAAUAACGAAAUAUUUGGAGAUUAUACCCCAGAGAUGGAUUCCAAAUUCACGGUCACGCCAUAUGACGGACUGUCAGUUUUGGGCGGAAAUAUCACCUCUGGAGAAGGUUGUAAUGAUAAUCGAUGCACUCACUAUAUAUAUAAUGACAUUGCAAGUGCGGUCCAUGAUGCAGAAAUUGUGUUCGUUUGUUUAGGACUGGGAAUAGAAGUAGAACAAGAAGGUCGCGAUAGAUCUAAUAUUAGUCUCCCGGGACAUCAACUUCAAUUGCUGAAAGAUGCCAUCAAUUAUAGUCCAAAAGAUGCUAAAAUCAUCCUCAUUAUAUUCAACGCUGGUGCAGUGGACUUAUCAUGGGCGGAGCACAGCGAACGCAUUUCAGCUAUCAUAGCAGCAUUUUACCCAGCGCAAGCCACUGGGACGGCCUUGAGAAAAAUCAUUAUAAACGACGGUCCGUAUUCAGUACCCGCUGCUCGGACGCCGUAUACCUGGCCCCAAUCAACAGAUCAGCUUCCACCAAUGGUUAAUUAUACAAUGGCUGGUCGAACCUAUCGAUACCUACGAGAUGAUCAACCAGCGCUUUACCCAUUUGGAUACGGGUUGUCGUACACCGAGUUUUGGUAUGAGUCCUUGCAUUUAGACACACCACAGAAAGAUGGAGUGUACAUACUAAAAGCCGGAGAGGAUGUACACGGAAAUGCCAGUGUCCUCAAUAUCGGGAAAAUUACUGCGGAUGAAGUCAUUCAAGUUUAUAUUAAAUGGUGCAACGCAACUGUAAUAACUCCCAAUAUUCAGUUGGUUUAUUUUUCAAGAUUACCAAUCCUCGCACAAGACAGAAUCCAUUUUUCAUUUACGAUUAAAGCUGAACAUAUGGCUGUUUGGUUGGAUAAAAAAGGCUGGGCUGUAGAACCUGGUCUUAUUAACAUAUUUGUUGGUGGCCAACAACCCUUUCAACAAAAGAAUGUUGGUUCUAAUGUACUGAACUCCAAAUUCUUAAUAUCAGGAUACAAAUUUUUAGGAAAAUAUUAGAUUAUGAUAGUUUUUAUAUAUGAACCAAAUUAAGAAAAAUAAUAAUAGAAACAAUUUCAAAGAUUGUAGUUUCACUUAAAAGUAGGUGCAGUAAUUUGUCUCAGUUGGUUAAAGCACAAGAGUUUUAAUGGUAAGUGCAAGGAGUACACGACACACAAACAAUUGCACAAGAAAAACCUACUGACAGGACAAAAUAUACAGACACCACCAACGCACAUAUCAGAUCAAGUAAAUGUAUCCGGGGAUUGUCGUAAGAGUCCCCUCCGCUCUAAAGCCCGGGACCUGUAAUGAAUCAGGCUUCAAUCAAAAUAAAAACAACAACAACAAAACGUUAUGAUUUAUAAGAAGCACCACAGUCUUACUUAGUGUAUCAUUGGCUGCAAUGUUAUUGCUUAAAAUGCCUAGAAAGUGUCGUUCAAUGUAAUGUUAUGUGUUUAAAAUUAUUGGUUCUCCAG